AUGAGCCGCGCGCGGGGCGCGCUGUGCCGGGCCUGCCUCGCGCUGGCCGCGGCCCUGGCCGCGCUGCUGCUGCUGCCGCUGCCUCUGCCGCUGCCACACGCGCCCGCCCCGGCCCCGGGCCCCGGCCCGACCCGCGCCGCUCCCCGCCUGCGGCCCGACGACGUCUUCAUCGCCGUCAAGACCACCCGGAAGAACCACGGGCCGCGCCUGCGGCUGCUGCUGCGCACCUGGAUCUCGCGGGCCCGCCGGCAGACGUUCAUCUUCACCGACGGAGACGACCCCGAGCUCCAGCUGCUGGGAGGCGGCCGCGUCGUCAACACCAACUGCUCGGCGCUGCGAACCCGCCAGGCGCUCUGCUGCAAGAUGUCCGUCGAGUACGACAAGUUCAUCGAGUCAGGUCGCAAGUGGUUCUGCCACGUGGAUGAUGACAAUUACGUGAACCCCGAGGGCUUGCUGCAUUUGCUGUCGGCCUUCUCUCCCAGCCAGGAUGUCUACCUGGGGAGGCCCAGCCUGGACCACCCCAUCGAGGCCACUGAGAGGGUUCCUGGAGGCGGCACUGUGACCACAGGCAAGUUCUGGUUUGCCACUGGUGGGGCCGGGUUUUGCCUGAGCAGGGGCCUUGCUCUCAAGAUGAGCCCGUGGGCCAGCUUGGGCAGCUUCAUGAGCACUGCUGAGCGGGUGCGGCUGCCGGAUGACUGCACAGUGGGCUAUAUUGUGGAGGGGCUGCUGGGUGCUCGCCUGCUGCACAGCCCCCUCUUCCACUCCCACCUGGAGAACCUGCAGAGGCUGCCGCCCGAGGCCGUGCUCCAGCAGGUCACCCUAAGCUACGGGGGUCCCGAGAACCCACACAACGUGGUGAACGUGGCUGGAGGCUUCAGUCUGCAGCAAGACCCCACACGGUUUAAGUCUGUGCACUGUCUGCUGUACCCAGACACGGACUGGUGUCCCCUGCAGAGGAGGGGUGACCUCACCUCUCGGUGACUGAGGACUCCUGGUGGCUGCCCCCAGGUGGGCCUGGUUGGCUUCCUCUUGCCACCAGUACAGGUGCUGGGCAGAUGCUCUGCUGGCCUCCCGCAAUCUCUCAGCAGUCUCAGGGGCCAGGUGCUCGGAUGAGCGAGGACCACCAAGUCCCGUGCCCUGGCUGCCCAGGGAUGGAAGGAGGAGUGAUGGGAGGAGGGUGGUGCUGCUGGGCCCACAGGCACCUCCCCAGCCCAGCCCAAGCAUCACGCCUGCAGGGAGGGACCUCUGCCCAGCAUCUGGACACCCAGGCUCCCAGGCUAUGGCCUCCCUGCUCACCUGCAGAAGGGCUAGGCAGGCAGGAUGCUCAGGAGUGGACUCCAGGAGGACUGUGGGCAAGUGAGGGGGCUUUCCCUGUAGGCCUCAUGGGCACCCUCCCCACACAGACCGCUCGGUAGGGCCUGGGGCCAGCGUCAGGGCGUGUUCUCCGUAAAGCUGCACUUGCAGCCAAGAGCCUCCAGGGCUGGCCUCCCCUGGGGCCCUCAGGAUGCCCUUCCCCAUUCUGCUGGACACUCAGGUCUUCCAACGGAGCUCUGUCCUUCCUGCCCUGGCCAGGGUUCCUAACGCAGCCACAGUCAGGAAGCCCCGGCGUCAGGAGUGCAGCCUCCCGUCGUGCUCAUUUGGGCUCCUAUUUCAGUGGACACCCGCAGGUGGCAGCUCGGCCCUGCAGUCCUCCCCACAGCCACCCUCCUGCCCAGCUCGGCUCCCUUCAGGCUCUGACGAGAGCUUUUCAGGCCUGGCCCCAGGCGCUCUAGCUGCCCUCUCAGCGCGUCUCCAAGCAACUGCCUUGUGUGCGUCUGCACAGGUGUGCACUCCCACGUGCGGGUGGCUGAGAACGGAUGGCCGCCGGUGGGCAUGUGUGGACGUGUGCAGAGGGUGUACGCUCGCUAGCCAUGGGUCAGCUUAGGUGCUUACGUGGGGUGAAAGCGUGUGUCCUGUGCUGGGAGCCUGCCUUACACUUAGAACACCAUCCCUUUCCCAGACCUGGGCCAUGACGCCACAGCUCAGGCAGCUGUGGGAUCUGAUGUGGGGGACCCUGGGCUCCUAGCUGCGUUGCCAAGCCAGGGUGCUGGCCCAUGUGUUGCAUUAAAUGCUUUUUCCACUCGGGAUAUUUA